AUGAGCGCCAAGAGGCUCCAUAUUGUAGCGAGACGCGGCUGCAGAAGUCCGCUUCGUGUCUGUCUUUUCGAGGAGGAACGAGAAGGGCCGAUCUGCUCCACAUCGAGUCUUCCCGGAAAACUGAAGAGCAGGCAACGCGCAGCCACCUUCGGGGCGCUCGUCCGCGCCACGAGCACCGGUCAUCGGCAGCCCGCUGCACUCCUUCCGCCUCCCCACGGGUCGAGCAAUGUAAGGAUUCUCUUUGCUGUAUUGGCCAAGGAGGGUUCGGAGCGGAAGAAUGGCCAUUGGUGCCCGUUUGAUGAACUUCUGGGCGGAGUGGCGGCGCUCAACGACCUACGACAAGCUGUGCUUGAGAAACAGGCCAGACGCUUGCGCGAGCUGUCCGCCUACUAUCAAAAGUGUCAGCAUCUUUCAGAGGAGAACAACUACCUCAAAUGCCGACAGCGAGCCCUCGCCAGGCAGUUGAAAGAAGUUGAGGAAGCAAGCCGGGCCCAGAGAGACGCCGAACUCAAGAAGAUGUCCGCCUUGAACACCCAUUUGCUUCACGACAACAUGGUCCUUCACACAUCCCUGGCCUCGCUGAUCAACGGGCAGCCGACGGUUGUCGCGGGGUUGUUCGAGGAAGACACCAUCUUCUGGGAAGUCCCGAACUUCGCCUUGCUGCUUCAAGGACGCACGUGCACACGAGUCGUCAGUCCUUGGCUGAAGAGCGAGAAGCGCAGAAACUGCCGCGUGCGGUUUCUCUUGUAUCCGUUCGGAACAAGACAGGACCGCCUGGCACAGGCCACUGGGAAGAACUCCUGCGAGCCGCCUGCGUGUGGAACGCAGUGCCCUUCUUUAUUUGUCCGAAUGAAAGGCGACGUGGAAGCAACUUUCUACCUCUUCUACGGAAGACGGUGCACUUCACCCGUGACGUAUAAAUUCAGUGAAUCACUGGGAGGGGGGCGUUCUUUCUACCGCCACGACUUUUGCAGCUCGUGGCGCGACGACCUCCGUCACCUCGGAGAAGAGCCGUUCUAUGUAGGACUCUCGCUAUUGCAGUGCUGUCAGAGAUCGCAGUAUCUGAUCCGACAUCAUGACCAUCACUCCGCUGACCUGAAUCGGCGAUCUCUGCGCCUAGGCUGA